AUGCUGAGCGUGGGCAGACUGGCCGCUUUCAGACCGGAGAGCUCCCAGCUCCAUGUGUCCGUGGUCUUCAGAGGGAAAAAGAAGAGAACGAGCUUAUCAGAGGAGGACAAGAAUGUCAAGUGGAAUGAGACACUGAGCUUUAAAUUGAAAGGAAAUCCUCUUGAUGCCAGAUCCUCUCUGCAGAUUCAUCUGAAAGGCAAAGACAGAAGUGGAAAGGGCAGACCUCUUGGGUCCAUCAACGUCCGGCUUGCCAAUCUGGUUGGAGAGAAGAGCAAAAAUGUGUCUUUUGUCAAAGUUCCUCUGCUGGAUAAGAGGAAACAAAAAACGAAGAACACGCUCAGCUUCGAAAUCUUCUAUGAGCCACUCGUGGAUAAUAAAGAGAAGAUGGAGAGCAAAGUGGGACGUCCAGAGCAGGAGGACUUCACAGACAUUCCCAGAUUACAAGAGCUUCCGUUGAGAUCUCAAUCUCCAUCACCAGAAAGUGGCUCUGUCAAGGAAACAGCAAAGCUCGUGAGGAAGCUUUCAGACAAACCACAGGACUUCCAGGUUCGAGUCCGGAUUAUCGAGGGCCGCCAGCUACAAGGCGCCAAUAUCAAACCUGUGGUGAAGGUGUACGUGGGGGACACUGUUUUCCGAACCAGAAUCAAACGGGGAAACAACCCUGUCUUUGAUGAGAUUUUCUUCCAGAAUUUUCAGAAACUCCCAAGUGAGGUCUUCAACACACUUAUACACCUACAGGUGUUAAAUUCGCACUCACUUCGAGCAGAUUCCAUGAUUGGCGUUUUCAAGCUGGACAUUGGCUCUGUCUAUGAUCUUCCAGAUCACGCAGUGUUACGGAAAUGGCUCCUCCUGUAUGAGCCAGAUGAUAUGCAUGCAUUGGCCAAAGGCUACCUGAAAGUCAGCAUCAUCGUCCUGGCAGCGGGUGACGAGGCACCGAUAGACAAGAAAGGGACAAAUGAAGAGGAUGACGUUGAAAGUAACCUGUUGCAGCCAGCGGGUAUUCUUUCCCGAUGGGUCACCUUUGAGCUGAAGAUCUACAGAGCAGAGGACAUUUCACACAUUGCCAAAGGGUUUGUUUCGAACUUGAAGCACAUGUUUGGGGUGGAUUCUGAUAAAAAGGAUGGCGUCGACUCGUUUCUUGAAGUCAGCUUUGCUGGUAAUAAGAUAGCAACGAAAGUAAUAGAAAACCACAUAAAUCCUGAAUGGAACCAAGUGAUUUACCUGCGGAGCAGGUUUCCGUCCUUGUGCGAGAGUAUUCGCUUCACUGUGCGUGAACGGAAGAGCGCGAUCAAAAGUAAUCCUUUAGGAACGACGUACCUGAGCAUCUCAAAAAUCUCAUCCACAGGGUCAGAAGUUUCUAACCAAACAGAUGAUGAAAUACCCGGCUUCCUGCCAACGUUUGGACCGUGCUUUUUAAACCUCUACGGGAGCCCCCGGGAAGGCUUGGACGGCAUAGAUAAAAAUGAUGAGCUCAACCUCGGAAAGAGUGAAGGAGUCUCUUAUCGAGGACGGAUUUUGAUAGAGUUGAUCACAAGGAUGGACGAACAUUUGGGGAAAAGCAUUGACAACUUGUCUCAUGAAGAUUAUUCAAUUGUACAGAAAUACUUGCAGAGGCGGAGGUACAGCCUCUGCGUGGUGUUCUAUUCGGCUACGCAAAUGCAGGAUAUCAAGGAGCCGGUCCAGUUCGAGGUCAGCGUGGGGAAUUAUGGCAACAAGUUUGACAAGUCAUGUAAACUUCAUGCGUCCACCACGCAGUACAGCCAGACCAUGUUUGAUGGUAACUACUAUUACUACCUCCCCUGGUGUGACACCAAGCCAGUGGUGGCUCUGACAUCGUACUGGGAAAACAUCGACCACAGACUCGAUAGGUUAAACAUUCUCCUUAAAAUCAUUGACAAACUGAGAACCAACAUAGAAGACAUCAGGACAAUGUUGCCAUCUGAAGGGACUCGCCUCACUGGAAUGUGGGUGAAGAUGCUCGACCGGAUGGUGAAGGACUGCAGCCGCUCACUCCCACAGUUGAAAAGGCUUCCCCAAGUGACUGCCCUUGAUCAGCACGUGCAAGAGCAGCAGACUGCGCUCCUGAAGAAGAUCAGAAAGUCAGCGGAGAAACUGAGGGACAAAAACAUCAAUGUGGAGGACAAGCUGCCUGAAGUUGAAGAGUGGCUCGAGAGGCUCUCGUCAGUAGCCGAGGAGCCUCAGAACAGCCUGCCGGACGUGAUUCUGUGGAUGCUAUCCGGCGAGAAGCGGGUGGCUUACUCACGGGUUAAAGCGCACUCGGUCCUGUUUUCCAAGGACAGCGAGAAAUCCUGCGGGAAAUUCUGUGGGAUGCUCCAAACGGUGUUUAUGAAGCAACCGUUGGACAGGUCCCACGACAUGAGGAGUGUCGCUCAGCUCCGUGUACGGAUGUGGAUGGGGCUGUCUUCAGACGAAGAGGAGUUUGAAAAGUACAUUGAUGGAAAAAUUUUGGUCGCUGCAGAGAGAUAUGAAAACCAGGCAAAAGUCAUGGGCCACUGGGGCACCAGUGGGUUGCUGCAGCAUCCGACAUUCUCCGAUGCGAUGGGUAAAAUGCGGCUGUCAAAAAAGGACUUCUAUCCUCUAAAGGGCUGGCAGUGGGAUGGAAAAUGGACCAUCGAUCCUGAGCGGUGCUUGUUGUUUGGCGCUGAUGCAGGUCACAAUGAAUAUACCGAUGAUGUUUAUGAAAACGAAACCUAUUUGGCUGGAGGAGAAUGGAGCACAGCUUUGGAACAGUACACAGAUGUAAAAGGGAAUAGACACAUCCCGAUAGAAGAUAUUGAAUGCCCUGUUGGGUGGGAAUGGAAGGAGGAAUGGAGCCUGGACUUCUAUCGGGCUGUAGACGAGCAGGGAUGGGAGUAUGGAAAAGCUGUCCCACCAGACAAUACCCCAAAGCACUGGAACCCCACUGAGAAAGCCUACCACACCCAUCGGCGGCGCCGGUGGAUACGGAAGCGCACCAGAAAGUCUGACAGGCAACGGCAAGUUAAGAGAGAACAGUUUGAUCCCGAAGGCUGGGAAUAUGCCGCUCUAUUUGGUUGGAAGUUUCAUGUAAAACCGAGCAAGGGAGACACUUAUCGGCGUAGGCGCUGGAGGAGGAGGAUGAUCCCGAGGGAGCAACUAGGCCCAGCGGCCAUCUUCAGACUGGAAGGCUCUUUGUGUUGGGAAAACAGUAAUGAGCGACUGGACGACCUUGAGCAACAAGAGAAGACACUUGGGCACCAAGACCUUUAUGGGAUGACUGCCCCCUUUAUAUCUUGUAUUCUGGACCCAGCCAAUGCUUUCCAGUUUCGUGGCUACAUCUACCAGGCGAGAGGUUUAGUUCCCACUGAUAGCAGUAGCUCCGCAGAUCCUUACAUCCAGGUAUCCCUCCUGUACCAGAGCAAGCACACCGAGGUUAUCAAAGGGACUGUGAAUCCUACCUGGGACCAAACCCUGAUUUUUGAGGAGAUCGAAAUCUAUGGCAGCCUCAGGGAAAUAGUUGAGAUACCGCCUUUUGUCUUGCUGGAGUUGUUCGACAGUAAUCGUGCUAGCAAGCAUGAGUAUAUGGGUGCUGCCCUGUGCUACCCGAGUGUGAAGCUGGAUUCGACAGCGCAAUACGUCUCCGUGUUACAGUGGCAUCCGGUCUUCCGAGGACAGCGGUUCAGUGGCGAGCUUCUGGUGUCCUUUGAACUACUUAUGAAACAGAGAGACGAAGAUCAGAACUUACCUCCACGACCACCAAUGAAAGAUUCUGAAACGUACAUGUUGCCACUGGGAGUGAGACCACAGCUGCAGAUGACCACGAUUGAGGUUCUUGCCUGGGGAUUGAGAAAUAUCAAAAACUACAACAUGCUGAGGGUGACAAGCCCUAGCCUGGUGGUGGAGUGCAGCGGAGAGAUGAUCCAAACGGCACCCAUCAAGAACUACAAGAAGAACCCGAAUUUCUCGAUCCCCAUCUACUUCAUCACAGUGUUUCUACCUGUAGAUGCCGCCUAUAGCCCUCCCAUUGUGCUGAAGGUGCUAGAUUUUCGAGCGUUCGGAUACAAGCCAGUGGUGGGGCAGACGACGGUGAAAUCCCUCAGCCAAUUCAUGUGCGACCCUUUCGCUGGCUUGGCUGAAGCUGAAGAUGCGAAUAUGACUUCUACCAACAGUUUCAACGUUGAAGCGCCCAACAUUGAGAGUUCAGCUGCAGAAGAUGAAAGGAAGUCAGAACUGGAAGCCACUGAAGGACAGCUGGAAGAUAACACCAUUGAUUGGUGGUGUAAGUUCUACGCCUCAUCUGGGGAGCAUGACUACACGGAUUACCUGUUGCAGGGGUACGACACGAUAAAGAUUUAUCCAUGCCCUCUAGAAGAUGUGCCUCAUUUUAAGGGGCUACAAGAUUUCUGCCACACCUUCAAACUUUACCGAGGAAAAGUGUAUGGGGAAAUGGAGGAUCCGAUCGUUGUGGGCGAAUUUAAGGGGUCAUUUCGAAUCUACCCCCUGUCAGAUGAUCCGACGAAGCCUCUCCCUCCAUCUCAGUUCCGUCAACUGCCUUCCAGUGAGCCACAGAUCUGCUUAGUGAGAGUUUACAUUGUGCGUGCCCUUGGCCUUCAGCCUAAGGAUCGAAGCGGGACGUGUGAUCCCUACAUUAAAAUCUCGCUGGGAAAGGUGUUCAUCGAUGAUCGUGAGCAUUACAUUGCCAAUAGCCUCAACCCUGUGUUUGGCAAAAUGUUUCAACUUUAUGCCACCAUUCCACUGAAUAAAGAUCUCAAAGUUGCCGUGUACGACUACGAUUUAAUCAGCCAGGACGACAAAAUCGGAGAAACAGUCGUCGACUUGGAAAACCGGUUCCUGUCACGAUUUGGAGCGCGUUGCGGCCUGCCUUGCACAUACUGCAUAGCCGGAUCGACUCAGUGGCGCGAUCAGUUGACACCGUUAGAGCUGCUGAGUAACUUGUGCAGCAUGAAGAACUACGCCUUGCCCGUCGUUCGCAGUAAAGGGCAAAAGAUCUCCAUCGGAGAGAGGGAGUUCUCGCUGGAUGACUUUGAGGCGAAGAAGAUUCCUUACAGCUCCCUAGGGCCCCCAGAAGAACGACUUGCUCUGCACGUUCUCCACCUGCAGAAUCUGGUGCCAGAGCAUGUGGAAACCAGGACUUUGUUCAACAGCACUCAGCCAGGGAUUGAACAGGGGAAGCUGCAGAUGUGGAUCGACAUCUUUCCUAAGAAGUUGGGUGCCCCUGGCCCACCCUUUGACAUCACCCCCCGGGCCCCUAUCCGGUACGUUUUGCGCUGUAUAAUCUGGAACACGAAUGAUGUAAUUCUGCAGGAAGCCAACAUAAUGGGGGAGAGGAUGAGUGACAUUUAUAUUAAAGGGUGGAUGGUUGGGUUGGAGGAACAGAAACAGAAUACUGAUGUGCAUUACAGAUCGCUGGAUGGAGAGGGCAACUUUAACUGGAGGUUUAUCUUCCAGUUUGAAUAUUUAGCAAUGGAGCGAGUUCUUAUCGUCAACAAGAGGAACUAUAUUUGGAGCCUGGAUGAGACCGAAGUGAAAAUGCCUCCUAAACUAAUUCUCCAAGUCUGGGACAAUGACAAAGUCUCCUUUGAUGAUUAUUUAGGAUAUCUGGAGAUUAACCUGAAUGCAUUCCGGUGCCCAGCGAAAUGGGCAGAUCGUUGUACCUUGGAGAAGUUCUUUAAGCUGGAGGACUCCUCAUCAGACAGCUUGCAGAAGAUGAUUUCGCUCUUCAAACAGAAAAGUAUUAAGGGCUGGUGGCCAUGCGUUACAUACGAAGAUGGAAAACCUUAUUUAACAGGUAAACUGGAAUUGACUCUGGAACUGCUGACAGAACGAGAAGCUGAAGAGCGGCCAGCCGGGAAGGGAAGAGAUGAGCCCAAUAUGAAUCCCAAGCUGGAACCACCGAACCGGCCGGACACAUCCUUCUUAUGGUUCCGCUCUCCCUUUAAGGCGAUGAAGCACAUUGUCUGGCGCAAAUACAGGUGGUGGGUUAUCUGCGCGGUGCUGCUGGUGGUGCCAAUGAUCUUUCUCGUGGCUCUCCUGCACGCGAUUCCUAAUAUUCUAGCAAACUUUUUGUUGCAGUCCACCAGAUUUCACAGAAAGAGAAAGUGAGGAGAGGCCAUCCGAACUCGGAAGGCAGCCAGCCCUGUGGCAAAGUGGGGGGUCUCGGCGCAGAGGAAGCGGCAACGAGGAAGCUCAUUCUGCCUCAUGGCUUAUUUUGGUGUUGCCCGUGGCUGGGUGUGUGCCUGUGUGUGUGUGUGCGCAUCAGAAAGACAGGACUUCAGGAGGUAUCCCAUGUUUGUUUGUGAACAUUCCAGAAAAACUUCACCCAACCAAAAGAAAAACCCUCCCUUGAGGUUCCAACUUCCAAAGCUGCCUCCCGUUGACAAAGAACAUUUGAUGCUGAAGGCUUUGAAGAACAAGUGUUUGAAAUCACAGGCAUGCUACUUGGAAUGUUCGAUUUCCGUUUGCCAGCAGUUCCCAGAAUU